CUCUGAACCACUUCAGUCUGCCUGCGCUGGCGCACGAUAACAACUACAGGAGACUGCUGCUCUGGAUGAAUUUACCACCUCGCGCCGCGGAAUUCCAUUCACAAAACGGCUGAUUUUGAACCCAAGAGAAGAAAAAAAGGGGGUCAGAUGUUUCCCCAUCUUUCCUCUUGGAUGUGCGUGAAUCGGGGGCGCACCUGCCAGAGUGUGUGCUCCCCCUUUCAGGACUGAGAACCCCUAUUGGGAUGCUGCUGCCGCUGCUGCUGCUGCCUGGCUGGGGCUGCGUGCACUUUUCAGACUGGACCAGUGGACUGUAAAAACAAACAGAAGAAGGAGAAGAAGAGAGAGGGGAGGCGGGGUGAGCCACCUGAGGAGAGAGGAGAGAGUGUGUGUGCAGUGGAUGGAUUCAUCUUCUCCUCCGGCACUCCACAGGCGCUCAUUCAUUUAUUUAAGCCCGACCGACGAGAGCAUGCCAAGCGCAGACUCCAGCGGCGGAGCUCGACUUCCAAACAGAGGACAAGAGUGACACGUCCUCGGUGGUCGUACUCCCACCUGCGCAGGAGCUGCGCAUCUGGACUCUACACUUUGGAAACCCAAGAACCGCAGGAGGCAGAGGACCCCACCGUAUAUGGGCCCACAGCCCCGCGAGGCCCCUGGAAUGGCGUGCAGCGCGUGUUAUUACCUGGUUAUCAGCUCCACGCACCUGAGCAAUGGACACUUUCGGCGCGUCAAGGGGGUUUUUAGAGGACCUCUGCGUCCCACCGCGAGCAGCGAUUCACCAGGGAGAGAACACGCAGGGCUUGAUGGAUUUCCCAAGGAGCGUGCAGAGAGGGCUUUGGGCUGCUCAGCGGAGGAUCUGAAGGCUCUUUUCUACUGCGAGCUGUGUCACAAGCAGUACCUCAGACACCAGGAGUUUGACAACCACAUCAAUUCUUACGACCAUGCACACAAGCAGAGACUGAAGGAACUCCAGCAAAGGGAGUUUGCUCGAAACGUGGCCUCGAAAUCAUGGAAGGAUCAGCGCAAACAGGAGAAGGCUCUCAGACGUCUGCACCAGCUGGCACAGCUGCAACAGGAGACUCAGCGAGUCUCAGGAAGGACUUAUGGACUAAGAAGUGCUGUCAGGUCUGGGAGGCAGCAACACUACAAAGAUGUGGACCAAAAGGACCACAGCUGGGAUGACAAACAUGAACCCUUCAACUACUCCCUGAGACCCCCUCCCACUCAAGCCAGGACCGCUCCUCUCAUUAACCAGCCAGAAAUUCCAAACCAUUCUCCUCCCCGAAAAGGGUUGCCCACUGCUCCAGCAGAAUCACCUCCUGCAUCCACUGCAGUGAGCCCCCAGUCUUGCCUGGGCUUGUAUCCCCAGCUGUCUCUCUCUGGGCAGGGAAAGGCAGGGGGCAGGCUUGGGGUGUCCUUCUGUUUCUCCCGCAGGGGGCCACGACUUGAGCCUUCUGCCUCAGUCUUCUCUGACCUGGAGGAGGAGGAGAGAGAGAAGAGGGAACAAAUAAAAGAAAGGAUAAAGGGAAUAAUGGAAGAUAUUGACAGAGAAAUAGGGUCAGCAGAAGAGGGGAAACACAGUGAGAGUGAAAAGUCCAGCUCAGACAGUGUUGGAUCGAGUGACAUUGGGCCUAUCAGUGAUUAUCACAAACAAGAAGAGGGGAUGGGAAAAAGAGACUGUGAGAAAGACAAAUCUCCUAUUUCCACAGAAAUUCCCGAUAAUCAGAGCCAGGAAUCUCCUGUCUUGCCAUCUCAAACACAUGUGGACACAUGGGGAACAAAAACAGAUAGUGAGACAGAAAGAAAGCAUGUGACAGAAGGGUUGAGGGAGAAAAGUCAGAAUAUGUCGGUGCUGGGGAAAGAUGGCUCUACCUGUCUUAGAUGGCCUGUCAGCUUGCUCAAGUUCACUAUUUCUCAACCAAACAUCUGCUACAGCUGCAACCCGCUCUGCUCGGAUCACCAACGACAAGAACAACUCACAAAGGAUCAGCAGGAGCCACAACAAAAUCAGUUGUGUGCUCUCUCAGUCGAAUCAAAUCCAUGUGUGCCAGCUAUUCUUACACCAGACACUCAUACCUGUUUACCAAGACAGACAAGACAAGAACUGAGAGUGGAAAGACAGGAAAAAGUGGAGGCAAAUUUCAAGGCAGCACAACAUAUCAAUUUAGACACAGAAGCACACCUGUUCCUAAAGAACAAAAACCUUUCAUCGUCAGAAUCACCAUUAGAAAGAGGCAGAUGCACGCUAAGUAUAGAGAACAGUGCGAGGGCAGCCUCCCAUCCAUUUGACCCCGCUCAUAGUGACAGCUCUGACACAAACUCCCAGAAUGCUCAGGGAGGAAGAUUAGGGGGCGCGAGAAGGAUCAGGGAGAAAGCCAUCACAGCCCUGAGCUGUAAAUCAGAGUCUGUCAUCCAGCCUGGCACACAGGGGACAAGCAUCAGCCCGUCCAGGUGUGAGUGUGGGAGUGAGACAAUGUGCGAGUGUGCCAGAUCUGCACAGCCGUACGUGGGUGUCUCAGAAGUGCCACGCAAAAAGAGAAAGAAAGCCAACACAAAGAAACACAAGCUGGGGAAGAGGAAAAGGAGCGCUUCAAACAAGCAACAAUCGGCUAGGUGCAAAGUCAGGAGCGUUGUCUCCACAGUCUGCACUCGAAAAGAGAGUAGAGGAGAAGCUGUGGGGAGCUGGGGGAAGGAAAGGAGGCAAAGAGGGAUGAGGAAGAGGAGAUUGCAGGGAGCAGGGAGCAGCUGUCUCCUGGGGAGAUGUGACACUGAGCCAGUAUCUGUCUCUGUCAGGAAAAGGGGGCCUCACAGGAGCCACAGCACUGAAUCCCAGUCAUGGGCAGACAGGGAGCAGGCAGAAUCUUGCACUUCUUCCUCACUGCUCAGCAGACACACAGCAGACACAAACACCAAGGGAGAGGGAAAGCGACACGGAGACACAGCGACUUUUCCCUGGCGGUCUCACUUCUCCGUACACUCUUUCUCACCAGGAUGUAACUCAAAGCUGUUUUGGGAAAGGGGUCACCAUAGCAACCCCAGGAGUUUCAUUGACUGCUGUUACCCUGACAACAGCUGUGGUUGCAGCCCGGUGAGAAAGAGAAAAAUCCUCCACAGGGACAGGAAAUUCAUUCAUAGUCAGAGGAAGAGUUUGAGGCAUGGGGAAGUCUGGGAGGACACAGAGAGGACCUGGUUAACGGGAGGGCGGUCAGGUUGUAGAGACAGGGGGAAGUUUCCUGAUACAGAACAGUGGGAUUGGAUGCGAGGGACCUUUCCUGGAGGUACUGACGAGGGUGCUUCAAGGUCUUGGGCGAGAUCACGAAGCAGAACAGAAGAGUGGGAUCAGGUGGCAAGGUUUAGUCCCAGUCCUUGCAGGUGGGACAGGAGACGUAGACAUCUUAGCACAGAGGAUGUAGACUGGGACAGAUGGACAUGGGGCAGCAGCGACAGCUGGGAGGACUGGGGGACACACAGAUCAGGAUCCAAGGCAGGGGCAGACAGAGACAGCCCAGGCUUUAUGCGGAAGAAUUCACGCUCUAGAAGCUCAAGCUCCAGACACUUCUCCAGCCCUGAGUGGUGGACAAAAAAACAGACUUACAGCCCCCGGAGUGUGAUCAACACACGGGCAGGCAGAUGCCACAGCCCACGAUCCUGCAGCCCCUGCAGCAGCACCAACAUGUCAGAACUCAGUUUAGAGUGGAGCCAGAGUAGUUCCUGCUCAGCGGGCAAAGUUGAUGGAUUGGCUUUUAACUCUUGCAGGACUUCCUCAAGAGCUCAAGAACUUUCAUCUGAGGGGGAAAAGAAGCACAGUAGUCCCAUGUCCUCUCCUUCCAGCUUUACCUCCUCCUGCUUCUCUCAUUCUUCACCCCAGAGGACCUCUUUUGCUCAUGUUGACACAAGUUCCUCUAAGCAAAAGGAGCCAAAUCCACAGGCGAACGUUCAAGGUGGACCAUCUUCCCCAAGCAGGCCAGGCACAACUCUUGCAGGACAAGCCCCAAGUAAUUCUCCUUCUAGAAAACUAGCAAGGACUUUGCUUCUCCCUCUUAUAGGGAAACUACCUUCAAUCCAGAGGAAGGCUAGGAGGUGGAAAGGCCUGCUGGAGAAGAGUCAGGAGAAGGAGGGAGAUGAGGAUGAGGAGACCAAAGGUAGUGGUGGACUGGAAGAGGGAGCAGUCAUCGAAAGGCAAAAUUGUCCUAUGGGAAUCUUAGAGUCAAGCUCAAGCAACUUACCAAAUCUCUCCUCAUCAAAUAUAAGGACAGAUGACAAACAAGCAAGUGGCCGGACUGUUGCUCCAAUUAGCUUCACCGCUGAGGAGAUGGACAAAUAUCGCCCCCUGCAAGAGCAGGCGAGAGAGCACAUGCAGAAAGUCCUGGAGCAGACGCAUAGUGCAGAGUCACACACAGGAACGAACUACCCUCACACGGCACUGUCAGAAAACUCUGGAACUUCAGAGGAACAGUAUACACCUUCCUUGCACACCCAGUCAAUUCACAUAGACAUAAUGCAAACCCAAGCACAGCACACCCAUGAGGUCAGUGUCCCACUUCCACAUCUGACCCGACAGGAGAACUUUACUCAAUCCAUGGCUCUUGGAGUCCCCAACCUCCCGACUCUUCCACCAUCUCCCCCUCUCUCAAGCCUCCAUCAUAUCAUUUUGCAACACACAGCCCUCUCCUUGGCCCCCUCUUCCACAUCCUCUUCCACCUCAUCCCCUUCCCCUGCCAUCCACCCACACCCAGUUCAGCUCCCUCACCCCCUGCCUCCUCUCCACCCACCAACUCUCCCUCAUCACCUUCAUCUCUCUCCCUUCUCCAUAUCUUCUUUAUUCCCCUCAAUCUUGCUCUCCCACCACCCCAUCCAGCUCCUUCCCCAGUCACCCACUUUUCACCCCGCCCAACUUGCUCCACUCUCUCCGGUCUCCCUGCAAACGUUGAACCCACAGCCUUUCAUGGAACGAGUGUGGCCAGUGAGGUUUCAACAGAAGGCGUUGUGAUUUUUUUACAGAGCGGCUGCCAUGUUAUUAAUCUCCCCUUGGCAACUCAGACAAGUAAAGGAGAGAGAGGGAAAUUUUGGUUUGGAUAAAAGCCGACUUUUAGAAAUGGGGAUGUGUCAGUGCUUUUACGAGCAUCUACUCCAACUCUUAUUCACAUAUGCCCUUACACACACACACACACACACACACACACACACACACACACACACACACACACACACACACAUACAUGCAUGCACACACAAACAGCUUGGCAAUCGACUGUUUUCAAGUGAGAAUUUGUUUCUCCAUCUAGCCUUUGCUGUCUUGCAGUAGAUAGUGGGAAAACAUACUUUGAUCCUUUGCUUUUUCCUUCAUUCCACAUUCAGGCCAACAAUAAAGGGAAGGUGCACCUGCUAUUCAAAGACAAGCUGGGCUUGUGUCAUCCUCCCUCUUUCCCUCUGAACCACAGACAGACCAGCUGCCUUUUGAAGUAGCCUUCAUGCUAGAGACAGAAGUCCAAGAAAAAAGUACUCCCUCCUUAUCUCCAUUUCAUACAGGUUAUCUUACUGAGACUCUAUCUUUCAACACAUAUAAAUGAUGUUCCAGGGGCUGAGGGCAUAGCACAGUCAUUUUAACCUUUCUCUACACUGCAUUUAUGUGCAAGAAAAAAGGUUUUCUGGACUUAAAUACACAUACAAAUACACAGCAGGAAGGACUUUUUUUUUCCAUAUAUGACACAUGUAAAGACCUGUUUGUUUAAAUAGUGUAAAUAUUCUGACCAUGAGUGACAAUGUAAGAGAUGGUUGGAAGGGAAAGAAUAAAACAAAAAAGUGAAUUUAACCAUGACCUGUAGUACGAUGUUUUUUCUACACGUAUGUGUAAUCUCUGCAUCUAUCCAUAAUCAGUUGUGGUAUUAUGGAAUCCUUUUAUCCAUACAGUAUUUAACAAAUCAGUUAUUGAGACAGGAGUGAGUGAAAUCAAUCUGUUGCGUUAAAUCUUGUUUGGAAAUGAAUGAGCUUUAAUGCUUUUCUUAUUCCCUCUGAUUCGUGUUGAUCGUGCAACAUGUUGCAACAUGUUCCACAUAAAGAAUUAAUACUCUGCGGUUUACAACUUUGCCACUCCAAGUCUUU